CUAUUAACAGCACGCUGCUCUCCGCUUCUGUGCUGCGGAAAGCAGAGUGAUAUUUCUGUUCCCAUAGCGUGUUGUAAAAUGCAUGAGAUUUUGCUCGUCCUCCCUGGAAAUGAGAAUAGGAAAAUGAGAGCGUCCUGAAGCAGAAGCUAUUAGAAGAGCGUGCAGAAACCUGCAGCGAUUUAUGCUUUAUUUUGUCUUCCUAGCUAUGGAUUAGAAGGACUGAUUUCUGCAAUGGGCUUUUUCCAUAAUGGCUUUCUUGUAUUGUUUGGUCAGAGCUUGCACAGGAGGAAAACAGGCUGCUGAAUUUAGUCACUGAUCUCUAUUAGCCGUGGCCUAAGGCUAUGCUGAGAUUUAUAUCCCAUUUGUAUUGUUGCAGCUCAAAAGAAGAAUGUUCAGAGGAUGACAAGUGUAUUCUGAGUAGUACCGUGGUGACAACAUGCCAUUGAAAUGGAAAACGAGCUCUCCUGCUAUCUGGAAAUUCCCAGUUCCUGUGCUUAAAACAUCCAGGUCAUCGCCACUUUCUCCAGCAUACAUAUCUCUGGUGGAAGAGGAGGAUCCUCAUAUGAAAGUAUCUCUUGGUAGCAGCGAUAUGGGCGUCUCUGCCCAUCUGCAGUCUUCAAAGACAGGGACCACAAGAUUUUUCACCAGCAAUACUCACAGUUCCGUGGUGUUACAGGGUUUUGAUCAGCUGCGGGUGGAAGGUUUGCUAUGUGAUGUGACCCUUGUUCCAGGAGAUGGUGAUGAGGUGUUUCCUGUCCACAGAGCGAUGAUGGCUUCUGCAAGUGACUACUUCAAGGCCAUGUUCACAGGAGGAAUGAAGGAACAGGACUUGAUGUGCAUCAAGCUUCACGGUGUCAACAAAAUAGGCCUGAAGAAGAUCAUUGAUUUCAUUUACACAGCAAAGCUUUCCCUUAACAUGGACAACCUUCAGGAUACUCUGGAAGCUGCCAGUUUUUUGCAGAUAUUACCUGUUUUGGAUUUCUGUAAGGUGUUUCUUAUCUCUGGGGUUUCCUUGGAAAACUGUGUUGAGGUUGGGCGAAUUGCCAACACAUACAAUCUCACAGAAGUGGAUAAAUACGUUAAUAAUUUCAUCCUAAAGAACUUCCCUGCGUUAUUAAGUACUGGUGAAUUUGUGAAACUCCCCUUUGAACGUCUUGCCUUUGUGCUUUCAAGUAAUAGCCUUAAGCACUGCACUGAACUUGAACUCUUCAAGGCGGCUUGUCGCUGGCUGCGGUUUGAAGAGCCUCGAAUGGAAUAUGCUGCAAAGCUAAUGAAGAACAUCAGAUUUCCUUUGAUGACACCCCAGGAUCUUAUUAACUACGUUCAAACAGUGGACUUCAUGAGAACUGACAACACCUGUGUAAACUUGCUUUUGGAAGCCAGCAACUACCAAAUGAUGCCAUUCAUGCAACCAGUUAUGCAGUCGGAGAGAACUGCCAUUCGAUCAGACAGCACUCACUUGGUAACAUUGGGGGGAGUGCUGAGGCAGCAGCUGGUUGUCAGCAAAGAGCUACGGAUGUAUGACGAAAAAGCCCAUGAAUGGAAAUCAUUAGCUCCCAUGGAUGCACCGAGGUACCAGCAUGGCAUUGCUGUCAUUGGAAACUUCCUUUACGUAGUUGGCGGCCAGAGCAAUUACGACACAAAAGGAAAGACAGCGGUUGACACGGUCUUCAGAUUCGAUCCCCGCUAUAACAAGUGGAUGCAAGUCGCGUCUUUAAAUGAGAAGCGCACCUUCUUCCACCUAAGUGCCCUCAAAGGACAUCUGUAUGCAGUUGGUGGUCGAAAUGCAGCGGGUGAGCUAGCCACUGUGGAAUGCUACAAUCCCAGAAUGAACGAAUGGAGCUACGUUGCAAAAAUGAACGAACCCCACUAUGGUCAUGCUGGAACUGUGUAUGGAGGUUUAAUGUACAUUUCAGGGGGAAUUACCCACGAUACUUUCCAGAAGGAACUUAUGUGUUUUGACCCUGACACAGACAAAUGGACUCAGAAAGCUCCGAUGACAACCGUCAGAGGUCUGCAUUGCAUGUGUACUGUAGGAGACAAGCUCUAUGUUAUUGGUGGAAAUCACUUUAGAGGAACGAGUGAUUAUGAUGAUGUUCUAAGCUGUGAAUAUUACUCAACAACUCUAGACCAGUGGACUCCAAUUGCUGCCAUGUUACGUGGGCAAAGUGAUGUUGGGGUUGCUGUCUUUGAAAAUAAAAUCUAUGUAGUUGGAGGAUAUUCUUGGAAUAACCGCUGUAUGGUGGAAAUAGUUCAGAAAUACGAUCCAGAAAAAGAUGAGUGGCAUAAAGUAUUUGACCUUCCAGAAUCGCUGGGUGGCAUUCGAGCCUGCACUCUUACUGUUUUCCCACCAGAGGACAAUACGGGGUCACCGUCCAGAGAAUCUCCUCUUUCGGCACCUUAGAAACAUCCCUUGACUUACAAUGUUGUAGUAACACCUUUGCACUGCAUCACGGAGUCUAUUACUUUCCUUCAGUAGUUUCUGUUAGGCUUAGCCUACAGCGUUUGGUACAAUUACUGGAAAAAGAAACAAACGAUUUUGACAUUACUUGUGCUGUUUGUUUGGCCUAGAAUGUUUGUCAGGUGGUUAACAAAGAAAACCCUGUACUCACCCGAGCCAAGAGUUUAACAGAUGAGAAGGUACUGUCUGUGAAAUGUGUGAAUUAGGUACAUCCUUCAUAUUGUGUAUUGGGUGUGAGGUGCCUCGCAACUUCAUUUGGAAGCCCGAUGAGUUAAAUUUGAAGACUUUGUAUGGAACGUGUUCUUUCACUAGAUUUUUUUUUUAUUAAAAUCCUUUUUCCGUUCAUUUUCAACUGCAGAUUAUGAAGGGAGGUAGGCUGUGUCAAUGUAAACUGUCCUAAGGUGGCCAAAGGGGCCUGAGCUACCUCCCUCCUUUCUGAGUAUAUCUGACAUAUCUGUUGACCCACCUGAUUCUGUGGGUUCUUUCAGAGCAUAUGAAGUUCCAUAGGCAGAGGGAAGAAAUAACCUGAAUAAUCAGUACCAUACAGGAAGUGGACCUUGUAGAGGUCAGGAGGUUUUUUUUAAUAACACACGGAGUGUUUUUUCAUGAGUCAGUCAAGUGAUGCUUCAAGCAACACCUUUAAAGUAUUUGGGUAUUUUUGAGUCUUUUCAGGAAUUGGCUUCCGCUUGCGUGGGAGCACACGCUACAACAAAUGGCAAUUCAGUGCAGCUGUAUAUUCUGUUGUACAUUUGUACUGAAUAUAGGUGGAUAAGGGCUAGAAACAACGUUCACUUAAGCCACUGAAUUUGACCAAAUUGUUCCAUCAGUUGAAAUUUAAUCUACCUUUUCUCCUUUGCUGUUGAGCCAACUUGCAUAACGUGUCCUCUGUUCUGGUCUCUGUUAAUAGGGUUAUUCAGCACAAAGUGCAGCUUCAGCAGGAGAGCUGCUUUUGCUCAGUGAACUUGGACUACCACGUUUUACCUUCUUUGGUUCAAUAAAACUUUUAACUGCAGUUAUUCAGUCUAAGCUACCUCAUGAAUGUAUUUGGUUUUCUUCCUCUGCCUCACCGUCUCCAGGAUACGCAUGACGUAUAUCUGUGUGGGUAGAUUAAUUUGCUAGGAAACCAAUGCAGAAGCGAUCAUGACUGGGUAUUUUUGACCUACUUUUAAGAACCUAUUUUGGCCUGAUGUGUCCAUUUUAUUGUUAAGGACUGGGGGGGGAAGGGGAAAAGAAACCCCACAAAAACUGUCCUAACUCUUUCCUUGGACAACUGCUUGUGUGCAGCAAAUUGUACAGAAGUCUUUUAUCUGCUCCAAAAUACAGCACACUGCUGACAAAUGGUAGCUGAGUGCUUCUCUAAGGCUAAUAACACCACGAUUUUCCUGAACUUCCCAUCGUGUUACAAGUGUUUUUUUCCUAAUGAAACACGGUCGUAGGGGCAUCAUCUGGAGAAAGUUGUUUUAAUCGGCUUAUUUUAUUGUGCUACGUAUUACUGAUAACCAUGUAAAGCUUAAUAGACUUGUUGGGAGUAUGCUGUUUGUAUUUUGUCCUUUGCUUGAUGAGUCAAGCAGCAGUAUUAUGGUGUCACUUUUGGAAACAUUGAUAUUUAUUCUUAAUGCAGUUGACCAGUUACGAUCACUACCAAAAUGUAUGUGUAAGCUUUAGGUUUUAAUAAUUGUUUUGGUUAAAAUCAAAAGCGGUUCUUCCUCUUAAUAAAAAAAAAGAAGCAAAAUAAACUUAAUUCUGU